UCUUGCUGUGUUUGCAGACUUCCAGGCUGGCUGCUCGCUCAGUGAAGCAACACGCUCUGCUAUAAAUACUUGAAUCGUAUCCGAGGCUCUGGAUUCACUUACUGUCCCGGGGACACUCGCUGUGUUCGAGCUGCAGACCUGCUGGAUUUGAUUUUCACAGCUCUGUGGGACACUUCCACAGUUUUUCUCUCGUGUGGCAGGAUUUCUUUGACCCUGAGUCUGUGUUUUUGGACUGAGCAGCUAUGGGAGACUUUUGGGGGGACAUUGCCAGUCAGAGGGUGGCCCGGGCCAUGUCUCUGCUCUGCUUUCCUCCGUCAGGUCACAGGGCGGUGUACGUUGGCGUGCACGUUCCGCUGGGCCGCCAGAGCCGGAGAAGACACCGUCACCGCGGACAUCGACAUCACAGGAAGCGAAGAGAGCGCUCGGAUCGGGAGGACGGGCGAGAGUCGCCGUCAUACGACACGCCGUCUCAGAGGGUCCAGUUCAUCCUCGGCACCGAGGACGACGACGAGGAGCACAUCCCCCACGACCUGUUCACCGAGCUGGACGAGCUCGCCUUCAAAGACGGAGACAUGCAGGAGUGGAAGGAGACGGCCAGGUGGCUGAAGUUUGAGGAGGACGUUGAGGACGGCGGCGAGCGCUGGAGCAAACCCUACGUGGCGACGCUGUCGCUGCACAGCCUGUUCGAGCUGCGCUCCUGCAUCCUGAACGGCACCGUGCUGCUCGACAUGAGAGCCAGCUCCAUCGAGGAGAUCGCAGACAUGGUGAUUGACAGCAUGCUGGCGUCCGGUCAGCUGGAGGAUGGCGCGCAGGAGAAGGUGAGGGAGGCCAUGCUGAGGCGCCACCACCAUCAGAAUGAGAAGAAGCUGAGCAACCGCAUCCCGCUGGUCCGAUCCUUUGCCGACAUAGGCAAGAAAUACUCGGAGCCAAAUUUACUGGAACGCAACGGUGAGACGGCAGCGCUCUUGUCAUCCUCGCGUCUGCAGGUCAGGAGACGAGCUGCAGGAGGCCAGUUCAGGUUGACCCCUGCUGACCUCUGGCACUGCUCGGCCUCUGCAGGGUUUAGAGCUUUUCUACAGUUUAUAAAGCUGAAGACGUCACAGAGCAGAGCUCAGGGUCAGACUUUGAUUACAGCUGUACUUCACGAGGUCGUCGCCUCCAACACGGCGCCCCCGGCUCAGUUUGGGGUGAAAGAGGUUCAUCCUAGUUCGGUGACUGUCCCUCGGGUCCGGAGGCAGCCGGACGACUUCUGUGUCCUUGAAGAUGCAACUGACACGAUGGGAGGGGGAGGCAGCGACGCACAAAUGUCCUACCGCCCUCAAAGUGACCACCCCUGUACAGGUGCGACACCUGAGACGCCCUCAGAUGGAGGCGAAACAUCUUCAAGAACCCAGAAGUCGUCCGGCUGCCCCCCGCUCGAGCACAGCCGAGAACCGGCACGGACGCUCUGCAUGAAGCUGCUGCGGCUCACUGAUCCGUGCACGCUGGCUUGGUGUUUCCUGCAGCAUCGUUCUUCAUCAUCACGAUCUUUCUCCUCCUCUUCCUCCUCAGGGGAGGGCCUGUCCUCCUCUCGUCUCUCUCUCCUCCGUCGUUGCUCCAUGGGCUCCUUCGACCUCUCCACCCUACCCCCCUCUGCGAGGACCCCAGGCCCGUUCGGGCACCUCCUCCCCGGCUCCGCCUCCUCGUCGCAGACCGACCUCUCUCUGUAUCGUUACGGCCGUCACCUCUCCGAACCCAGCCAGCCUCACGGACUCGCCCUUCCCGUCCCCGGUGGCUCUCCACGCCGCUCCUCUGCUCCCGUGGGGCUCCCCACGGUGGUGGUGCACCCCCCAGAAGAGGAGGAGGAGGAGGGGUUCCACCUGGGAGAUGAAGACGACGUGGUUCCCCGAACAGGUCUGCUGGCGUCGCCUCAGUCGGCGCCCGGAAACCUCGACGACAACAAAAACGGCGAGAGUCGCGGCAACGGCGGCAACGGCAGCCGGGAGAACAGCACGGUGGACUUCAGCAAGGUGGACAUGAACUUCAUGAAGAAGAUUCCUCACGGAGCCGAGGCCUCCAACGUCCUGGUGGGUGAAGUGGACUUCCUGGAGCGGCCCAUCAUCGCCUUCGUCCGGCUCUGCCCCGCCGUGCUGCUGACCGGCCUCACCGAAGUCCCGGUGCCCACCAGGUUUCUCUUCCUGCUGCUCGGUCCGUUUGGAAAAGGUCCACAGUACCACGAGAUCGGGCGCUCCAUCGCCACGCUGAUGACAGACGAGGUUUUCCACGACGUGGCGUACAAGGCGAGGGACCGCAACGACCUGCUGUCGGGGAUCGACGAGUUCCUGGAUCAGGUCACCGUGCUGCCGCCGGGAGAAUGGGACCCCAGCAUCCGCAUCGAGCCCCCGAAGAGCGUCCCGUCUCAGGAGAAGAGAAAGAUAGCGUCCUUCCCCAAUGGCUCCGCCCACAGCUCUGAGAUGGGCAAGGAGGCGGAGCAUCACGCGGGACCAGAGCUGCAGAGGACGGGGAGGAUUUUUGGCGGUUUGGUGAACGACGUUAGGCGGAAGGCGCCGUUCUACUGGAGCGACAUCAGAGACGCCGUGAACCUGCAGUGCCUGGCCUCCAUCCUCUUCCUGUACUGCGCCUGCAUGUCGCCCGUCAUCACCUUCGGAGGUCUGCUCGGGGAGGCCACCAAAGGGAGCAUAAGUGCCAUCGAGUCGCUGUUUGGCGCGUCUCUGACGGGCGUGGCCUACUCGCUGUUCGCCGGGCAGCCUCUCACCAUCCUGGGCAGCACGGGCCCGGUUCUGGUCUUUGAGAAGAUCCUCUUCAAGUUCUGCAGUCAGUACCAUCUGUCCUACCUGCACCUGAGGACCAGCAUCGGACUCUGGACCGCCUUCCUGUGCCUGCUGCUGGUCGCCACGGACGCCAGCUCUCUGGUCUGCUACAUCACCCGCUUCACAGAGGAAGCCUUCGCCGCGCUCAUCUGCAUCAUCUUCAUCUACGAGGCGCUGGAGAAGCUGGUCCGCCUCGGCGAGCUCUACCCCAUCAACAUGCACAACCAGCUGGACAACCUGACCUUCUACAGAUGUCAGUGCGCUCCGCCCGCCAACGCCUCGGCCGAAGUCCUGGGUGUGUGGAGCAAAAAGAACGUGACCCCAGAAAACAUCACCUGGGAUCAGCUGAGCUCGAAGACGUGCAAGGCACUCAUGGGGGAGCUGGUCGGCCCGGCGUGCAGCCACAGCGGCCCCUACGUCCCCGACGUCCUCUUCUGGUCCAUCAUCCUCUUCUUCACCACCUUCUUCCUCUCCUCCUUCCUCAAACAGUUCAAGACUAAGAGCUACUUCCCCACCAAGGUUCGUUCUUCAUCUUUCACAGUUCGGAUCAUUUGAACUGUUUAACUAUGAAAACAUUUAAUAUUUAAUGUUACAAAAAGUGUGACAUCAUCACGUGUGUGGGCGGCGGCUCACACCUGCUGACACGAUGAAAUGGUCUCACGCUGCUUUCAGCCCACGUCUGAAAAUCGGGGGUGGCUGAUUUCCCCGCUGGGCCCGAACCCGUGGUGGACGCUGCUGGCCGCCGCCGUCCCCGCGCUGCUCUGCACCAUCCUCAUCUUCAUGGACCAGCAGAUCACCGCCGUCAUCAUCAACAGGAAGGAAAACAAGCUGAAGAAAGGGUGUGGCUAUCAUCUGGACCUGCUGGUGGUGGCGGUGAUGCUGGGCGUGUGCUCCAUCAUGGGCCUGCCGUGGUUCGUGGCGGCGACGGUGCUCUCAAUCUCCCACGUCAACAGCUUGAAGCUGGAGUCGGAGUGCGCGGCGCCCGGCGAGCAGCCCAAGUUCCUCGGCAUCAGAGAGCAGCGCGUGACCGGCUUCAUGAUCUUCUUCCUGAUGGGCUGCUCCGUGUUCAUGACCUCCGUCCUGAAGUUCAUCCCGAUGCCCGUCCUGUACGGCGUGUUCCUCUACAUGGGCGUGUCCUCGCUCAAAGGCAUCCAGCUCUUUGACCGCAUCAAACUGUUCGGCAUGCCGGCCAAACACCAGCCCGACCUGAUCUACCUGCGCUACGUGCCGCUGUGGAAGGUGCACGUCUUCACCGUGGUGCAGCUGUCCUGCCUCAUCGCGCUGUGGGCCAUCAAAGCCUCGCCCGCCGCCGUCAUCUUCCCCAUGAUGGGUCGAUAUGUCAGAUUAUUUUCAGUUUUCAUUAUAAACUUCAAACAUCAUGAAAACGAGUCGCUGACAGCUCGGUCAGAACAGCGGAGACGAGACGUCACAGAGCCACAAACCAAACCUCAGAGACGUCGCUCCACCUGCCUGCUGCUGCCACACCUGUGCUCCACGACAAGCUGCCGAGCGUCCGGAUAA